AUGGAAUUUCAGAUUUUGUCUCAUUGGGGUGGGCUCCGAAUUGCUUUAUUUCCAAAGAGGCUGAUUCCUUUUGUGCUUACUCAAAAGGGUUUUUUCCCUUUGGAUUUUUUUUCCAUCUGGUUGCUCCAAGAGUCUGCAGAAAAGGACAGUUGAAUGCAGCCUCCGAUGUGCACAAAAGAAUGGGUUUCCAUUCAAGGUGGCCAUUGGUGGGACCUGCACCAGCGGCUCUGUGUCUGUGUGUGAUCAGCAUGCUCCUAGUGUGCCAGCUGCCUCCUGCAUCGUGCACAACCUGCCCUCAAAAAUGCCGCUGUGAGGACCUGCAGUUCUACUGCGACACCCAGGGGCUUCAGGCACCCCCAGAUGGUGUGGACAAGGGGGCCCUGGGGUUGUCACUACGUCACAACAGCAUCACUGAGCUGAGCCCUGAUCAGUUCUAUGGAUUCGGCCAGCUGACCUGGCUACACCUUGACCACAACCAGAUUACCACUGUACAAGAGGAUGCCUUUCAAGGGCUCUACAAGCUGAAGGACCUCAAUCUGAGCUCUAAUCGUAUCACCAAGUUGCCCAAUACAACCUUCAUCCACCUCAUCAACCUCCAGAUACUGGACCUGUCCUUCAAUCAGAUGACUGCAUUGGAACCUGAACUAUUUCACGGACUGAGGAAGCUCCAGAUACUCCACCUUCGUUCAAAUUUACUUCGCACCACACCUGUUCGAGCAUUCUGGGACUGCCGCAGCCUGGAAUAUCUGGGCCUGAGCAGCAACCGUCUAAGAAGUAUGGCACGAAAUGGAUUUGCUGGGCUCAUUAAGCUUAAAGAGCUCCACUUGGAGCACAAUCAGCUGACCAAGAUCAACUUGGCCCAUUUCCCUCGCCUUGUUGCUCUGCAGUUUCUGUAUCUGCAAUGGAAUAAAAUCAGCAACCUAACAUGUGGCAUGGAGUGGAGCUGGACCACUUUAGAGAAGCUCGACCUUACAGGAAAUGAAAUUCGUGUCCUCACACCUGAUGUGUUUCAAACGCUGCCAAAUUUAAAGAUUUUGCUGUUGGAUAACAACAAACUAAGCAGUCUGGAUCCUCAAGUCAUGGAAAUGUGGCAGUCUCUGGGCACCGUUGGGCUGUCUAGCAACCUGUGGGAUUGUACCAAAAGGAUUUGCUCUCUGGCCACUUGGCUAAGCACCUUUAAGGGAAGGUGGGAACAUUCCAUUCUCUGCCAUAGUCCUGAAUAUGCCCAAGGGGAGGAGAUACUUGAUGCUGUCUAUGGAUUCCAGCUUUGUCAGAAUUUUUCAGCGCCAGUUGUUCAGACAAUCAGUACAACCACAGACGCUUCUACAGCUACAGAGAUCACAAGCUCCCUGUUUGGAAUUAUGCAGCUGACCCCCACGCAGGACUAUGCGGAGGAUUUUGGGAGAUUUACCACGGUCACUACCACGACAACCACAACACAAACACCACUCACUGCUCAAGCAACUACUGCUGCAUUGGAAGAGGCAGCAGUAACGGAUGACUUCUCGGCAAUGGACAACACUGUUAUGACUCAUAGGGUUAUAAUUGGAACUAUGGCCCUUCUAUUUUCAUUAUUUUUCAUCAUUUUCGUUGUGUAUAUCUCACGGAGGUGCUGCCCUCCCACCCUGCGCCGGAUACGCCACUGUUCGGCCAUACAGAACCGCAGACAGAUGAGGACCCAGCAGCGGCAGCCUAUGGCAGAUCUAGCAACACAGGUACCAUAUAAUGAAUAUGAGCCCAGUCACGAAGAAGGGGCACUCGUGAUCAUCAAUGGCUAUGGGCAGUGCAAGUGUCAGCAACUGCCUUACAAAGAGUGUGAAGUAUGAACUCUUAUUUAUUCCUAGAGCAUAUGGUUUUCCAUUUGAACAUUUCAGAUGAUACAGGGUUUGCUUUUUUGAUUUUGUUUUCCAAUUUAUGUAAAAAGCAUAAUUUCUACCAGUGAGAUUUGAGAAUAUGUGAGAAAUACUGAAUGCCACACUGACAGAGGUUGGACGUGACAGUUUAGGGAUGAGGUAGGGAUAGUGACAAAUUUAUUUUUCUAUGAAUGCAAGGUUGUUCAUAUCAGGCAGGGGGCAAUCAUUUUAAACAAGAAAAUUGUAAACUGUGAGAUUUGUCUCUACAUUGUCUCUAUAUUCUGCAGCACAGAGAGAAUACUAUAUAACAUAGCCAAAUGGCCCACUGCGUACAGAAUACAUUAAGUUGAGAAAUGUGAUUCACAUCUUUUACAGAGUAAAUAUUUGAAAUUAUGAUUCUAAAUGCACCACAGACACUGUAAGUUAAUCACUCUAACACUGAGGCAGAUUAAUUGGAUAUUGGAGUGAUAUAUAUGUUUUACAGCUUCAUUGUUUGGGGGAGAGGCAUGACACAUUAAAGGCUACUAUGACCAAAUUCACAUUCUGAAUUAUAAAUUCAUGAUAUUAUUAUUAUUAUUAUGUUAUAAAUAAAAAUAAAUCCUCUCUAGAGAGGCUGGAAUCCUAUUCGGUAUACGAUAAUUAUAUUACUUUUGAAAAAUCAGACAUGAGCCUAUAAAGGAAGUCUAUAAAUUUCCAUCAAACAAAAAGGCUCUCAGUGUUUCCUAUUUGCAGAAUUUAUUUGGGCAUACCACCCCAAAAACAGCUGCCCUUAGCCAAAAGGGGAUUUUCGGGGGAAACUUGGGUUUCUUCCAAAAUAUCUUGUGUGCAAAUGCAACUAAAAGUGUAUACUGAUUGAAAACACUGCCGGUAUGGUAAAUUUAUGUUCAAUUAUAUAAAUUGGUAAAAAUGAACUCUUUAAUCAGAUGUUAGCUUGUAAAUGUAAUGCUGUUUUGCAGCUGACUCAGAUGUUGGAGCACCCACACACAGGGGCCAACUGCGACAAAUAAAUUCUUAACCUGUGGGAAACACUAAGCAUUGUUUGUCUGUGGUUAAUCUCCAAUACGCUACACUGCUUAGAAAAGCACAUGGAUGUCUUCCUGACCUUGGACAUCAAGAACAAAACUGUUAGACCUUUAAAUGUACCAUAACUUGUACAUGGAUUUUUGAGCACCCAAAUGCCAUACACACUGUGACCAUAACCAUUCAAACAGCUUCACCUAAUAAGUACAGUUUACUGAUUUGCUAAAAUAUACAAGGAUCAAUAUACAGACCAGCUAGAGUGACAUGAGGGUAGCAAGUGAAAUGAUAAGGAACAGUGCAAAUACCAGAUAAGAGAGCAUUUCACUCUGAAAAUUAAAACUUUACCAGUCACCCAGGAUCUUAACUGCUUACACUCUAAUCAGGACUGACAGGCUCAAGAUUGAACCAAUUAAGGCAAGGCAAAAAUAAUCUAAUAUUCUGUCACCCACACCAGUGAUCCAGCAACAUUUGGCUUGUUCAGCCACUCGAAAGUAAAGUAAUUCCACUAGAAUUGUCCUCCACACCACACAACACAUAACCAUAACCUUUUAUUUUAAGGAAUUGCUCUUGUGAGGGAUACUGAGCUGUCAUUUACAGUCUAAACAAUGUGGUUAGGGUGAAUAAUAAAUUUCAGAGCAGUUACUUGGUUGGCAGUAACAAGUGUCAAGUUAAACUGUGGUUAAUACCCUGAAAGCAAAUGGAGAUCCGGUAAUAAGCAAACAGCAAGCCUGGGUCAGGACACAUUUGUAUGCAGCAGGGAGAGGAUGUGCAUUAGCAUCAGACUAAAGCUGCUGCCGCAGCUCCGCACUUCUUUGUGUUCAGUUUGGUGGUGGGGGCAGGGUGAAAGAGAGGAAUUAAGAGGAAUUGAUGGGACGAUGGAGAGGGGCAACUCUGGGGUAAUGUCGUAGUUUAUCAAAACCAUUAAGCAUUUCUCUGGCCAAGUAAAGGUAGUAGAAAAUGGAAUGACGAAUGCUGACUGAUUGCACUUGGGCUUGAAAUGUAUACUGAUCCCACAGAGGCAGCAGUUUCAUUACUGGUUAACUGAUGAGCUGUAUUGAGCAUUUUUAUAGUGAAAAUCAUUUCACUCUGGAAAUCAGGAUAUGGCAUUUUGACAGUUAAAUGUGUGGCAACGUUUAACAACGUCAGCCAUUAAGACAGCAAGAAGUGUCAUAGCAUGUUGAAGAUAUCUGGUUUUGAGCAAAUAGGUUGCUGUGUGUUGGCUGGUGCCCCUAGAGGUAGCCAGGGGGUAGCAUUUGUGGCUUUGUCUCUUGGGAGCCUGCAAAAUUUGGAUUCACACUUUUAAAUGAGUGUUUGUGUCAAUGUUUCUCUGCACAUGCUCAUAAAAUGCAUUCAACAAGUUUGAAGAAAGUGUGUAAACCAAAACUUGUUACACUUAACAUGAAAACCUACACUGAUCAUACCGAUUUCCAAAGCCUUGCAGCUCCACUUGUUUUAUUUUCCUCCAGCACUGCUUUUACUGUUGCCCUUCUAAUCUGUCUUGCAUGUUCUAAAGUCGAAAUUGAGUUAAAUAUUCCUAAUGCCAUUCAGCAAACCUUAUUGGGGGGACCUCAUUUUUGAUAUCACCAAGAACGGGGAUGUAUGUGGAAUUCCUAUAAAGGUUUUGUCAAUCAUUGAAAUUAAAUUUCACUGACUACAGUUGUACUGAGAAUGAAAAUCCACAGAAUUUGUAGAAAUAUGCAUCCCUUUGCACUGGGUCUUUGUAAACUGUUUUUGUUUCCUCUUGUCAUCCUCUAGCCCUGGUCCCCAUCCUGCCUAAAAAAAAGAAAGAAAAAAAAAAAAGAAAAACCAAGUGAACCAAUCCCCCUCUCUCUUACCCAACAUCUUUGUGCAAAAUGAAUGCUUUUCUCUUCCCAUUUUCCUUUUGUAUUGUAAAAUGUACAAUUUCAUAUCUGUAUAGUGGAAAAGAUGUGCCAAACUGGAAAAAAAAAACAUUUCCCCCCUCAAAACAUAUAUUUUUUAAAUAAAAUCGUUAUGAUUUAGACUGUUUGAAAUGAUGGAUGCUCACAACAUGGUUUGGUCUUUCGAUUUUUUGUUAAAUGUAUACACAUCACGCUCUUGAAAAAAGCCUUCCAAAAAUAAACAACCCUUGAUGAAGGUGAAAUGCAAGAGUAUAUUGUGAAAAUUCAUAUGUAUUGAACAUAAACGCUCUCACAUGUUUUUCUAGUAACAGUUUAGGUCUCUAAAGUAAACAAAUA